AUGGCUGGAAUAAUCGAGGAUAUAUGGGAACCAGGCAUAAUCAAAGAGAAGUUCUGUAAGAUAGCUACUGACUUAGCUAAUGUGAAUGAACAAGUUCAGAUAGUUAAUGAUCCUGAACUAAAUUCGCCCAGUUCAUCAUAUACAAUUCAUGACCGUGGAAUUGUUGAGGAUAAUCAAGCAUUAGACAAAGAAAUAGCCCGCAAUGGAACACUAGCUGAUAAGAUGUGCGAAAGCCUAGAAGAAACGUCUUCAUUCACGGAUAAAAAUGCUGGCAUUCGAAAGCUUACAAACAUUCAGACAACGUCUACAAGUGCAAACAAUGACUUAGCAGAAAGAAAAACUGACUCAGUGAAUGAGUCGAUAAUAAACGAACAAACUUUAUUGGGAUUUGGCGAAUUACAAUUGCGCAAUUCACCGUGGUGGGUUGCUGAGUGGGACAAAGACGGAUUGCUUAGCUCUCGCCAUUUCAUAUCUCGGUUGUUGGCUCGGAAAUUUCUUCUUGGCUGGGAGCUGAUAGCUUCAACAUGUAUUUAUCGGGGUCCGUAUGAUAAGUGCGUUUUACUUUUAAGAUCAAAAGAGGCAAGUUAA